UCAGUAUAGUCAUAUUUGUGUAUCAGAAAUUUUUGAAAUUUCGACGCCUGGAAACUAAUUAUCCGGUUCUUGAUUAUUAACCGUGUACGGUUGACCCUCGACGAAUUUUCGCUUUAAAAUUCAAUUCCUAUUUCGUUAACUUUUUUCAAAUAAUAAAUAGUGUACUGAAAUGGCGAGAGCAGUAUCAUCUUUAGGAACUAAGUUGCCUCUAAUGGUUAAAGGUGUGGUUGAAGGUUCAAAACCCAAGUUGGCAACAUUCAUUAAAUAUGCCAAGGUUGAACUUGCACCUCCUAAAAUAUCUGAAAUGCCAGAAGUGAUGGCUGGCUUUGGUCGUCUUGUGCGCUCUGCUAAGUCUGGAGCAUGGAAACAUGUUUCUGUUAAAGAAGGUUGGCUGAACACAUUAAUUGGGCUUGAAAUAUAUUUCUGCUUCUGCAUAGGAGAAUGCAUUGGAAAAGGAAGCUUGUUAGGCUAUCAAGUUUAAGAUUUUUAAUAUAUGUUCAUUGUUUAGAUCCUUUUGUUAUAAACAUACUAUUAUUGUAAACUAGUAGUGCUAAGAAAGAGCAGAAUAAACUGAUUAGAAAUUUGUA